UGUCCAUGGUGACACUAUAUUAUUAUUGUUGAUACGGGGAAGGAUUGGCACCACAUUUCUAACGGCUCAUCAGUCAUCACUCACCAAGAAGCUUUGAGAAUUGGGAUUGCAGCGAAAGUGCAGCUCAAAAGCAUGAUUAAUGUCUACUUAUCUCUUCACAGACCUCUCCAAUUGAAUUCUUCGCCCUACUUUUUUAAUCCUACCGCAAGAAGGACACAGUCCUGCACUAUUCCAUCCCACCCGCUCCUCGCUCUUUCUGGGUUGCCAUCCCUUUCCGCCCGGCAAAAAUUUGCUAGGAAACGACGUCGCUUCACUUCUUUUGCAUCCACCUUGGAGCUCCCACUUCUUCCCUUUCCUUUAGACCAGACACUUAUCCCUUCAGAGACCAAGACACUUCACUUGUACGAAGCCAGAUACCUAGCUCUGCUAGAUGAGUCUCUAUUUAGGAAAGAGAAGCUAUUUGUACACUUUGUGUUGGAUCCUAUUGCAAUUAAUGAUACAUCUGGAGAAGCGUCAUUUGCAGCCAGAUAUUGUUGCUUAGUUGUUAUAGAGAAAGUUGAGCGCUUAGAUGUUGGCGCAUUUGUCUCUAUAAGAGGCAUAGGCCGUGUCAAGAUUGUGCAAUUUGUGCAGGCAGAACCAUACUUGAGGGGCAUGGUCAUACCAUUUCAAGAUAACAUUCCACUCACUGUUACAGAUAUAAGUUCCAAAGUUUCAGAGUUGAAGGAAUCCAUUGGCAGUUUGAAUAGUAUAGAAAUAAAGCUGAAGGCCCCGAAAGAAGAAUUGUUGCAAACAAUGACUGCCAACUCUAUAGGGUGGGUCAAGAAGGCAUCUUUACUCGAUUGUGACAGCAAUUUCAUUCCAUCCAUGGCUGAGCUUGUGUCCUUUGCAGCACUCCAACCUGUUUCAGGAGCAAGCCAAUCCGAUCUGGUGAAAUUGCAGAAGGAGAAGCUAAGAGCAAUGCGCAUCAAAGACACAAUGGAGAGGCUAGACUUGUCGUCCAGAUACGUGAGAGAUAAUAUUUCCCUGGUCGCUGCAAAACUCGCGAUUCAAUCUUUAGAUUCCCCCUCUUCAUAAUGUGGAUUGAAUGCCUGCAAAAAUCAGCCAUCAAUCUCAGCAAAACUAUUUGAGAAAGAGAGAAAUAUAAUGUCGCAAGAUUGGAAUUGUUUGGCAUAACCGCAUAACUGUUGAAACAUAUUUACAAUCCUAAGGCAAUAUGUUAAGGAAACAACAUUUGAUUAUUUGUUGAACAUUAUUGUUUACAUUUUUCCACAAAUGUACAAGUUGUAAUAAGUGAUAAAGUAUGCAUAUCCUGCAUUAAAUGACACAUUAGCACAUCAAAUUCUAAGGUAUAAUGUACAUUAUUCUAACACA